AUAAAAAGUCAACACUGCCAGCAUACUAAUAAAACUGAUUUACGAUGGCUGGCAAUGUUGCAGUUUAAUCCAACACAUUAUGUGUUGUUUUUACAAUUACAUUAACAUCGCAGUUGGAUUGCAAAACGUUAUGAAAGUCAGCUGAUCAAGAAUUUGUAGUUGUCGUAAUUGAUUAUCCUGGCUUUUCGUAGUUUUAUACCAACGUGGAUUUUGAAAACUCUUGACACCAUAAACAUUACGUCACGAGUGCAAAAGGGAGUGGAUCCACCGUCUUCCAAGUUCUAGUUAGGCUGUGCCUGUGUGGGUGGAUGGGGUCCCAGCAGAACAGUUAGUGAUGGUGUAGUAGGAAGGAGGAGGCUUCCAGGGAGCGGGCCAUCGGUGAGGAGAUAUCCGAGCUGCUCUGGGUAGCUGUUAGUGUGGGAUGUUGCGCUGGACGACUCACCUGGAAGGAGGACCGCGGAGGGUGAACCAUGCUGCUGUAUCAGUGGGACACAAGGUGUACUCCUUCGGAGGGUACUGCUCUGGGGAGGACUACGAGACACUGAGGCAGAUCGAUGUUCAUGUCUUUAAUACGGUGUCCCUGCGUUGGAUGAAGCUGCCUCCGGUGCGGACAGGCGGCCGGGAACAUGCCAGAGAGGUCCCCUACAUGCGCUACGGCCACACUGCCGUCCUGCUGGAAGACAUCAUCUAUAUUUGGGGUGGUCGCAAUGACACAGAAGGGGCCUGCAAUGUGCUCUAUGCCUUUGACGUCAACAACCAUCGGUGGUUCACUCCUAAGAUCUCUGGGACGGUUCCAGGGGCACGUGACGGACACUCAGCCUGCAUCCUGGGGAAGGCCAUGUAUGUUUUUGGAGGAUAUGAGCAACUGGCUGACUGCUUCUCCAAUGACAUUCACAAGCUGGACACUACCACCAUGGCCUGGUCAUUAGUCAAUGCAAGGGGUACUCCAGCGCGUUGGAGGGACUUCCAUUCAGCCACUAUCAUUGGCACCAAGAUGUUUGUGUUUGGGGGAAGAGCUGAUCGAUUUGGUCCGUUCCACUCCAAUAAUGAAAUCUACUGCAACAAAAUCAAGGUGUUUGACACAGAGACCAACAGCUGGCUGAACACCCCUUCUGCACAGCUGCUACCAGAGGGACGUCGCAGUCACUCAGCCUUUUCUUAUAACGGGGAGUUGUAUAUCUUUGGGGGCUACAACGCUCGUCUUGAUCGACACUUCAACGACCUUUGGAAGUUCAACCCAGAGGCGUUUUCAUGGAAGAAGGUGGAGCCGAGGGGGAAAGGGCCAUGCCCCAGGAGAAGACAGUGCUGUUGCAUGGUGGGAGAUCGCAUCAUCCUGUUUGGAGGAACCAGCCCGUGUCCAGAGCAGGGGAUGGGGGAUGAGUUUAACCUCAUGGACCACUCAGACCUCUACAUCCUUGACUUCAGUCCUAAUCUGAAGACGUUAUGCAAGCUAGCGGUGAUCAACUACAGCCUAGAUCAGCAAGGACUUCCUCAUGACCUCCGGUGGGAGCUGAACGCCAUGACAACUAACAGUAACAUCAGUAGACCCAUCUUUUCCUCCCACGGCUGAACUGGCAACCACAGUACCAUAUAAUCCCCUAGGCCCAAGAGCAAAGACCUUAACAUAACAUGCAGAAAUGGGCCCUGGAGCUGAUCCACUAUUUGAGAAGUCCUCUGACCCUCUACUAGAACUUGGCAGGGAGCCCAGAUCUAACCGUAGUACCAGUGCUAACUCCUACAGAACUCUGCUGUCUGGGCUGAACUAGAUUAUCCCAUGAAGCUCCAACAGAACCCUGCUAUCUGGACUGAACUAGAUGACCCCAUGAAGCUCCAACAGAACCCUGCUAUCUGGACUGCACUAGAUGACCCAAUGAAGCUCCAACAGGACCCUGCUAUCUGGACUGAACUAGACUACCCCAUGAAGCUCCAACAGAACCCUGCUAUCUGGACUCAUCUAGCUCACCCCACAGAGCUUGAGCCAAACAUCAGCAUUGAAGUUCUGGCACUUACUAUCUGGAUUUUUUAUCUGUGGAUCAGCACCUAUCUGGCUGUACCUAGUCUGAUUCUUGUAGUUCAGUGUAAAGACUUAUCAUGGCUGUCGGACUCUUUCGGACCUGAGCCCCUUGUCUGUCUGUCUGUCUGUCUGUCUCUGUACAGCAAAACAUUGAUCUGCUCUUGAUUGAGUUGCCUCCCUCACACGCUCUCACUCUGUGACCUUUUGUUCCCUCUCCCUCUCUACAUAAAAACAAUGAUCUCCCAUC